AUGAUCUAUUCAAUAUCUGUUACUUUUAACGGACACACCGGUCAAGACGCUGCUGAAUUUGACACAAAAACUUUUCAAAAACUGGUUUCUUAUAGUUUAAUGUGCGAGUUUUUCGCUUCGUUGUUUGGCACAUUUUUGAACAUUUUCCAUUUGAUUAUUUUGUUACGAAAAGCGAUGAGAAACUCUUCAACAAAUAUUAUUUUAAUUGGAAUGGCAAUGUGUGAUUUGAUUUAUAUGAUAAUUAUAUGGAGAAAUGAUUUAGUUUUGAUGAAUAUGAUGAAGGAAUGUUCAAUUCCACGUACUUUGAAUCAACUGCGUCUAGACUGGUUUCUGACUGCUCUACACAACAUGUUACGUCGAUGUUCCGCAUGGCUUGGUAUGCUAAUGGCAGUCGUCAGAUAUCUUGUUAUCACAAAUAUCACAAUCAGAAAUAACCGAUUUUCCACUCCUGAAUACGGUCUGAAAGUUGUAAUUGCUGCAUUAAUCAUCAGUUCAAUUUUCACAUUUUUCUUUUUUGCUGAUGAACAAAUUAAGCAAAUUGGAACAUGGACACCAGACCCGAAAUGUGCGGGUUUAUCCGGAGAACACUUAGUUUUCGCUCAAAAAGUCAAUCAAUAUUCUGACGAUCGAAAGAGUAUACAAACGAGAACUGGGUUAAUAGUAGAGGGAAUAUUCUCAAAAAUGGUUCCUUGUUUUACACUUCCAAUUAUCACUGGGUUAUUGAUUUGUGGGAUGAAACGAUCUUUUGCCAAAAACUCGUCCACUGUUGAAACUUCCAAUAAAAAUAUCCGAGUAUCCCGAGCAAAUCGAACUACAAUUUUAACAAUUUUAAUUGCCGGAUCAUUUUUGUUAUCAGAAUUUCCUCUGGGAAUUGUGGAUCUUUACAAAGGAAUCUGGCCAGAUGAUCAAUCCUGGUUCAGGUAUUUUAUUAAAGUUAAAAAAUUUAUUAACUUCCUAACUUCCAGAGAUUUUUGUCUGAACCUCGAAUUCAUUUGUGACGCCAUAUUUUCCGUGAAUGCAUCUGUUCACUGUCUGAUUAUUUUUAUUAUGUCAUCCCAGUACAGAAGGACUGUUUGGAACCUUUUUGGGAUUCUGAAGUUUUGGAAGAGCAGGAACACAUCACAAAUAGCAGCGGCUUCUUCAAGCUAUUAG